AUAGAUGAAAAAUAGAAAAUGGAAACUUGAUGAAAUAUAUAUAUAAACAGCCAAAAUCGAUCCGGGCGGGCGUUCCGGUGCCUCCCCUUCUCGCUUUCUCCGCCCUUCCCUCCCCCCUCCUUUAUAGUUCCCACCUCCUCCCCUACUCUUACCCUUCAAUCUCUCUUCCCUUCUCCUCUGCCGCAUUUCAUCGAGCACGUCGAAAGCAUUUCUUGAAUCAUGGCCACCGCCUUCUCUUCUUCCAUCCAUGCAAUCCAGCACUCCCGGUGCGAGAACCCGUCGAUUGCUUCCAAGAAGCCUUCCUCCGCCUUCCUCGGAUCCACCCACAAGCUCCGGUUCGCCGCCCCCUCCAGAUCUGCCUCCGUUUGCGCGGCUACCCGGCGGAGGUCCUCGUCCGUCUCGGCCGUCUCCGAGGUCAUCAAGGAGAAGAAGCAGAAAUCUGCCUCCUCGAGCUCUAAUCUGCUGAUCACCAAAGAGGAAGGGCUAGAGCUCUAUGAGGACAUGGUUUUGGGUAGAGCGUUCGAAGACAUGUGUGCCCAGAUGUAUUACAGGGGCAAAAUGUUUGGUUUCGUCCACCUGUACAAUGGCCAAGAAGCCGUAUCGACAGGCUUCAUCAAGCUGUUGAAGAAGGAAGAUUCCGCCGUGAGUACUUACAGGGACCACGUGCACGCCCUCAGCAAGGGAGUCCCUGCUCGUGAGGUAAUGAGCGAGCUUUUCGGAAAGACUACCGGCUGUUGCAGAGGCCAAGGUGGGUCCAUGCACAUGUUCUCCAAGGAACACAACUUGCUUGGUGGGUUUGCCUUCAUUGGUGAAGGAAUCCCUGUUGCUACUGGAGCUGCAUUCUCCUCAAAGUACAGGAGGGAGGUUUUGGGUGAAGCUGACUGUGAUCAUGUGACCCUUGCCUUCUUCGGGGAUGGGACAUGCAAUAACGGACAGUUCUAUGAGUGCCUGAACCUGGCGGCCCUGUGGAAGCUGCCCAUCAUCUUUGUGGUGGAGAACAACUUGUGGGCCAUUGGAAUGUCCCACAUGAGGGCAACAUCCGAUCCUCAAAUAUGGAAGAAGGGGCCUGCCUUUGGGAUGCCUGGAGUACACGUUGACGGGAUGGAUGUGUUGAAGGUGAGGGAGGUUGCUAAAGAGGCAAUUGAGAGAGCAAGGAGAGGGGAGGGCCCCACCUUGGUCGAAUGUGAGACCUAUAGAUUCAGGGGACACUCGUUGGCUGACCCCGAUGAGCUCCGUGACCCUGCCGAGAAGGCUCACUAUGCUGCGAGGGACCCAAUCACGGCCCUGAAGAAGUACAUGAUCGAGAACAACCUUGCUAAAGAGGCUGAGCUCAAGACGAUUGAGAAGAAGAUCGAUGAGGUCGUGGAGGAUGCGGUUGAGUUUGCCGACGAAAGCCCUCAGCCUCCCAGGAGCCAGCUCCUCGAUAACGUGUUCGCCGACCCCAAGGGCUUCGGCAUCGGCCCUGAUGGACGGUACAGAUGCGAGGACCCCAAGUUCACAGAAGGAACAGCCCACGUCUGAAAAUCUUUCUGCUCACUGCCUGCUACUGGUUUUUGCUGCUAUUUAUUGGUGCUCUGUGGCGAUUGUAACCCUUUUUGUUUUUGUGGUAUCUCAUGAUGGAUAAGUUGGAAUUACUUUAGGCAAACAACCUAAAAAUGAUCUCUCAUUGUCCUUAUGCAAUAUUUACUCUCUUAUCAUCUCAGAAUUUGUUUUGUAUGGUUGUAAUAGGUCUGAACAGUGUAGUCAAAUAUUUCAUCCUAAAAGAGCUACUCAUGUUUUUCAUGCAUUAGUUUGCUA